AUCGUAGUAAUCAAUCGUACGAUACGAAACGCAAACGAGAAAGUGAGAAAGUCAAAAGUCCAGCAGAAGAGUCAAGACAAGACUCAAGAGUCCAAAUAAGUCAAAGUGAAGAUGAGGAGUAACAUUACAAUUAUGUAAUUUAGUAUUAGAGAAAUGAGACACAAACAGGGUUUAAUUGUUAGUAAUGGAUGAGGUCGCUUUCCAUGUCUCUCAACGCCUGGAGUCUCUUCAAGUUUUACUGUACACUGCAGUCCAAAACAGCCACAGGUGGGCAGAACAAUAUGCGGUGAAAAGCUCAGAAUUGUUGUUGACUGCCUGGAACUCUCAGGAAAUCCAGCUCGUUCAUCAAAUUGUCAAUGAAAAGAUAAAUUUGACGAUUGAAUUUGGGAAGCAUGUUAGUAGAACGACCAUCAAAUAUACGAAUCCAACAUUCUUAUAUGUUAAACUAACAGAUCUAGUCGGCCCAGAAUGGGACCAGAGAGUUAUAACGGCCGGAUGUGUUGGCUUACUGCUAGGUACAGGGAUUGGGCUAGGUGUCGGCCUGUGCCUACAAUCCCCUCAAAAGCCAGUAGCCGUCAUGAAGGCUGUGACCCUCACAGGCUUCAACGGGAUCGAUGCCGUAGCGUACAUGGAGGAUGUCGUCAUGCCGACAGUUUGUUCUCCAGAUGAUGUUCUGAUACAAGUCAAGUCUGGUUCAGUCGAUCCCAUUGACAUCAAAAUCUGCACUGGUUACGCGAGAGUACUGAGGAAGCAGCUGAACAAGUACAAUCCGAAUGUGCGAGGUGAGUUGCCGCUGGUGCUAGGCAGGGACGUGGCAGGUAUUGUGAGAGAGGUUGGCAGCAGUGUGACCAGACUAGAGGUGGGGGACGAGGUGUGGUGUGCCGUACCAGCGUGGCUCCCCGGAGUAUUGUCCGAGGUAGCAGUGGUGGACCAGUACUACGUAGCUCACAAACCUCGCACACUCACCUUCGAUGGUGCCGCCUCACUGCCGUACUGUGGAGCAGUAGCUUGGGACGCUGUUGCCAACAAGGCGAAGCUCAGUGCACAAAAUGCUGCGUCCAAACGGGUGCUGGUACACUGUGCCAGUACAGGUGUAGGUUGUCUGAUAGUACAAAUCUGUCACAACAUGGGCGUCCACGUCAGUGUCACUUGUCUCAACAGAGCUGCUCCUGUCAUGGAGGCACUGGGCGCAGACAGUAUCUUUCCCCUCGAGUCUACUGACAUCGAGAAACAGCUGGUGAAAGAUAAUAGGUAUGACAUAGUGUUCAACACAGCAGGUUCUGUCGCUCACCAGUUCUGUUUACGUCUGUGUAAGUUUGACGGCUUUGUGAUCACCACAAUCUCCUCUCAACUGGCUUCCGAUACCUUCGGCUUGUGUCUUGGCUUCCUGUAUACAACUUGGGUGCGACUUGCUCAUAGUAUUUUCGGCUACUCCAGCUGGGGAAGCUGUCACAUCAGCUACAAGGUGUUGGAUACUUUGACGAGCUUGGUGGACAGUGGGCGAUUGCAGCCUGUCGUGGACAAAGUGCUACAGCCUCAUGAAAUAGAACGUGCUUUCCAGCACAUAGACUCUGCCAAUGCGAUUGGAAAAACGGUUUUAAGAUUUAGUGGUUCUUCGGCUUCCACUCCGACAACAAAACCAGACGUAAUCCUCUAACAUCUGCAAAUUGUAGUCCGAAUAGUAUAUGUACGAUUGUUAUUUAUUUUAUGGUGUCUAAUAGAGUGUUACCGAACUAGUGUAAAUAAGCGGCGUGUGUGGAAUGAAACCGAUAUGUUUUAUUUAAAGA